CUCUUCCCCCGUACCAGGCUCGGUUGAGUCGUUGGAUCGAGGAGGAGUGCGGUUGGCGGCCGCGAUGGUCUGACAGAUGAAAUAGCGAAAAAAAGAAAGAGAAGGCGGGCGUCCUCCCACACAAAACAAUGUUCCCCAAAGGCAAAGGCACCCCGGUGCCAUCGGACAGCCAAGCGCGAGAAAAGUUGGCUCUAUAUGUCUAUGAAUAUUUGUUACACAUAGGAGCACAGAAGUCUGCACAGACCUUUUUAUCAGAGAUCCGAUGGGAGAAAAACAUAACCCUUGGAGAGCCCCCUGGAUUCCUACAUUCCUGGUGGUGUGUUUUUUGGGACCUGUAUUGUGCCGCACCGGAGAGGAGAGAGACAUGUGACCACUCCAGUGAAGCAAAGGCCUUCCAUGACUAUAGUGCUGCAGCAGCGCCCAGCCCCGUGAUGGGGGGGAUGCCUCCAGGUGAGGGCAUGCCGGGGGGACCGAUGCCACCGGGCUUUUUCCAAGGUCCACCUGGUCCCCAGGGCUCUCCUCACCCUCAGCCUCCUCCCCCUAACAGUAUGAUGGGACCACACAGUCAGUCCUUCAUGUCGCCUCGUUUCGCUGGAGGCCCGAGAGGUCCCCCCAUGAGGAUGCCCAACCAGACCCCUGGCGGAGGACCUGGUCCUCAUCCCAUGUUGCCCAACAUGGAUCCUACACGACCACAAGGCCAUCCUAAUUUGGGGCCAAUGCAGAGAAUGAGUGGCCCUCGUGGCAUGGGGCCCAUGGGGCCUGGCCCUCAGAACUUCGGCGGUGGUAUGAGGCCUCCACACAACGCCAUGGGUCCUGGUAUGCCAGGAGUGAACAUGGGCCCAGGGACAGGUCGACCAUGGCCCAAUCCUAACAAUGCCAAUACUAUGCCUUACUCAUCACCCUCUCCUGGCGCAUACGGGGGGGCAUCUGGAGGUGGAGGUCCUCCUGGAACUCCCAUCAUGCCCAGCCCUGCAGACUCAAACAACUCUGGUGACAACUUGUACACUAUGAUCAACACUGGACCAGGCAACCGAAAUAAUUUCCCAAUGGGCCCGGGCUCUGACGGGCCCCUGGGAGCCAUGGCUGGGAUGGAACCACACCACAUGAAUGGAUCACUAGGCUCUGGAGACAUGGAUGGAAUGAACAAGAAUUCCCCAAACAAUUUAAGUGGCAUUAGCAAUCCUCCCGGGACCCCGCGGGAUGACGGAGAGCUGAGUGGAAACUUCCUCCACUCCUUCCAGAGUGAGAACUACUCUCCCACCAUGACGAUGAGUGUGUGACCCCCCUCUCCUCCCACCUCCGUCCCAUCGCCCCCUCCCCCCUUCCCCCACCCAGCAUUAUUUGCCAUCAUUCCAAGGAUCUGAACUCGCAGCCGAAACAUGGCCAAAACACAUCAGCGCCAAAAUCAGGGACAGGCGCCAUUUUGGUUCCACACUAAUGCCAGAAUGCAAGCGACCACUGCUCCUUACUCAAAAU